UCAUUUGUGUAAAUAAUGCAAAGGAACUUUGGAGUUAACGAAAUCAAGAGGAGAACGAGUGCAUCUCGCAGGAUGGAUUUGUGCGGGGUCUACUUGUCUCAGCUGCGAGCGAUGCUCGUGAGGAAUCUUCUGCUGAAGAAGCGCGACAAGCGAAAGACUACAGCGGAGAUUUUUCUACCCCUUUGUAUCCUAGGUGUUUUGAUUGUGGUAAAAGUGUUACCACCAAAUCCAAAUUAUCCUGCGAUGACAACCCAGAGACAAGAAGGAGGCAUAUUCGAAACAUUCAAUGGUUACAAAAACAACACCAUAGCUGUUGUACCAAACUCAACAGAGACCUUGAAUUUUUUGAAUUCAAUGAAUACCCUUUGGUUAUCAAUGUGGGAUUACCCUGGCAAGCUUCCCUUGAAUUUCAUGGUGUUUGAUACAAAGGAUGAUCUACAAGCAGCAUAUUGGAGAGAUCCGUACAGUGUACACUUAGCAGUAAUCUUUGAAGAUUCUCAGCCCAUAUCUCAGCAUCUUCUGUAUGAGAUAAGAACCAAUCCUUCAUACACAAAUCCGCCUUCGCCGACUGAAUUGUAUUCCGCUCCAGUUACUUGUCGGAAAGACACAAGCCAUUGGAUGGGUGGAGUAUUGUCGAUAGAAACCGGUGGAUCAUGUCCUGCAAAUAGUUAUUUGCAUUCUGGUUUCCUGGCGUUGCAAAUGAUAAUGGAUACCACGAAAAUAAGACUAGAUACGGGGAAUAACGAUGUAACCGUGCCAGAUAUUAAACUUGAAAUGUUUCCUAAGGAAGCUUUCACUGCAGACUGGAUGCUGGCCUUUAGAGUUGUUAUACCUCUAUUUAUGGUUCUGGCUCUUUCACAAUUCGUCACUUACCUUCUGAUCCUGAUAGUCGGUGAAAAGGAGAAAAAAAUCAAGGAAGGAAUGAAGAUAAUGGGCCUGAAAGAUUCUAUCUUCUGGGUAUCAUGGUUCAUUAUCUACAGCGUAUUUGUCUUGUUACUCUCUGCUGUUGGGGUGAUACUACUUUUUACUCUACAAAUGUUCCAACAUACACACUUUUUACCAAUAUUCCUUUUGGUAGUACUCUACAGCUUCUCCAUAAUCAUGUUUGCGUUUAUGAUAACACCUUUCUUCGAUAAAUCACGAACUGCUGGUGUACUCGGAAACUUUGCAGUUACGAUAUUCAGCUUGAUGUAUUUUAUCCAGGUUUUUGUCAAAGAUUCUAGUUCAAUCUCUUUCUGGGUGGUUUCCCUCCUUAGUCCAACAGGCGUUGCUUUAGCGAUGGAUAAGGCUCUUGUGUUAGACUUGCAAGGAGAAGGGGUUAAUUUUGAAAAUCUUUGGUCUGGUCCAGGUAUACCUUUCGGGGGCAGUCUCAUCAUGAUGACUUUGGAUAUUUUUCUAUAUGCCUUGUUAGCUUACUAUUUUGAUUCCGUCAUUCCAAGUGAAUACGGAACGAAAAGAACUCCCUGGUUUUGUUUCACCCCCGGAUUUUGGUGCCAGAGGAAAGCUCCGCGUGUGGGUGUACCAUCGUCAAACGGCGAGUCAAAUUCUUUUAUACCUGGAGAAGAGACGAACCGUGACAUUGAACCGGUAGUGCGAGAGAUGAAAGGACGCGAAGCGAUUAGUAUAGUUGAUCUUUACAAGUCGUAUCAGAAGUGUCGUAAAUCUGAGAUCAAAGCUGUGAACGGUAUCAAUUUAACGAUCUAUGAGGGGCAAAUCACGGCAAUACUCGGUCAUAACGGGGCUGGUAAAACGAGUUUGUUUAAUAUACUGACCGGCCUGACUGCGCCUACCGCCGGCACAGCCUUGAUUUUCGGCUAUGACGUUAGAGAUUCCAAUGAUAUGCAAGUGAUAAGAAGCAUGACCGGCGUUUGUCCUCAACAUGAUAUUCUUUUUGAUCUUUUAACGCCUCGAGAACACCUGGAGUUCUUCGCCGCUGUGCGCGGUAUUCCAAAAUCAAUGAUCGAACACGAAGUGAAGAAAACCUUGAAAGACAUUGAUUUAACGGAAAACGCAGAUACCUUUGCAAAAUACUUAAGCGGAGGUCAAAAAAGAAAGCUGUCCGUAGGUAUUGCCAUCAUCGGCGAUCCAAAAAUCAUUAUCCUUGAUGAACCAACAGCUGGAGUGGAUCCCUACUCCAGAAGGCAAAUGUGGUCCUUCUUACAAUCGAGGCGUCAUGGAAAAGUGAUUUUAUUAACAACCCAUUUUAUGGAUGAAGCUGAUAUAUUAGCGGAUAGGAAGGCGGUUAUUAGUAAAGGAAGAUUGAGAUGUUGCGGCAGUUCUCUGUUCUUAAAAAACAAAUUCGGCAUUGGAUAUCAUUUAACGUUGGUACUCGAAGGGAAUGCAAGAGAACAUGCAAUUACCAGACUGGUAACGUCUCACGUGUCGAAGGCAGAAAAGGCAAGGCGCCAUGGUCGCGAACUAAGCUUCAUUUUACCUCACAAUUCCGUAGAAAAUUUUGCACCACUUUUUUCAGCCAUCGAACAAGAAAUUAAGACCCGAUCAAGCAGAUUAGGUAUCAGCAGUUAUGGGGUCUCGAUGACCACCUUAGAAGAGGUAUUUCUGCAUUUGGAAAGAGACGAGGGUACAGAAUGCACUAUGGAUAAUUUGUCAAAGAAAAUGGUGCGUAAUCGUGCAUUGAGCAGGUCGUUAUCUCUGCAAUCAAAGAGCACAUUUUAUCAGAGUUUACAGAACGAAGGUACCACUGUUAACAACGAUAGCCAAGCAAAAGGUGCAGGGGAUUUACCAGACGGCGUUCACAGUGAUAGAAACCCUCCUGUUCGCGGCCUUGGAUUAGACCCCAUCAAAAUUAGGCCUAAUUUCCUUCAAACCUUGUACGCUAUGCUUCGCCUAAGGAUACUCAGACUCGUUAGAAACAUCCAGCUACUGUACUUCACUAUUGUCGCGCCUCUUUUUUUGGUAGUUCUUGGCCUCCAUUUAAAUAGCAUUCAGACAGUCGAGGUGAAAAUGCAGUCGUUAAAAUUAGAUACAGAUACCUACGGCAACGAGACCAAAAUUUUAUACGCAAACAAUACCGAUCGUGAUAUUACAGACUUGAUCAAUGGAAUUAGUCAGGAUGUAAAAUAUAUUGAAGAAUACUAUGGAAAUUUCGCGAAUUUGUUGAAGAUUGCACCGCAUAUAGCUGCUAUUAAUGUUACCGAGUAUAAUUUACCAAAGAUUGAUUUAACAAUCGCUUAUAACGACACUAUGCAACAUUCCCUACCGAUAUUGUUCAACAUUCUAUCCAACACUUACUACAGGUUGGUCUCGGGUAAAGAAAAUUUGAAAACAAUUGAAGUCAAAACGCAUCCUUUUCAACAGACAUCGCAACCACAGGAAUUUAAUAUUGGUACAGCGAGUUCAGCUGUAUCCAUCGGAAUGAAUUUCGUCUUGUUACCGAUAACAUUAGUUGUGGAUAUGGUCUACGAUCGCGAGAUAAAAGCGAAAAAUCAACUUCGUGUCAAUGGUCUGUCGUUUUCUAUGUACUUCCUGACGUACUUUAUCGUGCUUGUCGGCCUGAUGACGUUCAUCUGUUUAUGUAUUCUUGGCAUUAUAUUUCUCUUCGAUGUGCCUUCUCUUCAAGAAGUACCAGCACUCAUUACCCUCGGCGGUCUCCUAAUGCUCUAUUGCCCGUCCUCUAUUCUAUUCUCAACGUGUUUAAGUUAUAUCUUCGACAAGAUGGAUUCUGCUCAAAGUAUCUUGCCCAAUAUAGCAACGUUCUUUGGGCUCAUACCGUUUAUACUAGUCACUGUUCUGGAUAUGCUGGGUCUCAGUGGAACAGCAGCAUUCGUUUUACACGUAAUCUUUUCUUUAUUGAACACAUUAUAUGUACCGUAUGCAGCAGUAUAUUAUGUAGGAAGAGUUCACUUGAUGUGCUCUAUCAAUGCUGCUUGCCAUCAUCUCACCAUGUCUGAUUAUUUAACUACAGAGAUUAUUUUAAUGGCCUUCGGCGUGCUUCUCCACUGUCCAAUGUGGUUCUUUGUGCUUCUCAUUUUAGACAUUAAAAAAAGCGGUGGCAAUGUUGGCGACAUUUUCAAACACUUUCUGCGUAACGGUGGUUCUGUCGGCGAAGAAAUCAUGGAGAAUUCUGACGUUGGAGAGCACGAGGAUGCAGAUGUUAAGGCUGAAAGACAAAAAGUUUUUGAUCUUAUCACUUCAUCGUCUGUUCAAGAACCACCUGUAGUUUUAGUACAGAACUUGAGGAAAGAGUAUCGUCAAAGGGAUACUGGGUCCUGCAGUUGUUGCUAUAAGCAGGACGAAGAAGCCAGCAGUCAGAUACAACGAAAAGUCGCCGUCAGAAAUCUGUCCUUAGCGGUUGAACCUGGAGAAGUAUUCGGUUUACUAGGUCACAAUGGUGCUGGUAAAACAACGACUAUGAAGAUCGUCAUAGCUGAGGAAGCAGCUACCCGAGGGAGAGUACAGAUCGGUGGGCACAAUAUCAAUUCUAAUAUGGCAGAAGCUUUUAGACAAAUGGGAUAUUGUCCUCAACACGAUGCUCAGUGGAAGAAUAUUACUGUUAGAGAGCAUUUAGAAUGCUACGCUGCGAUUCGUGGCGUUCCAUGGGGAGACAUCGACAGCAUUGUGGAUUUAUAUCUCACUGGUCUUCAAAUUCAUGAACAUGCCGACAAACAAACUCAAGAAUGUUCAGGUGGAACCAGAAGAAAACUUAUUGCUAUGGCUAUGAUAGGAGGUCCGAAGGUUGUUCUGAUGGAUGAACCUAGCACAGGAAUGGAUCCAAGAUCAAAACGGUUUUUAUGGGAUACCAUUCUCGCUAGUUUUCAGGGCGGUAGAGGGGCGAUUUUAACUACUCAUUCAAUGGAGGAAGCUGAUGCUUUGUGCUCUAGAGUCGGUAUAAUGGUGAAAGGAGAACUAAGGUGUAUCGGUUCCACGCAACACUUGAAAAAUCUCUACGGCGCUGGAUACACCCUCGAGAUGAAACUUUUAGGGGGUGACUGCACACCCACGACACCUUCUGGUGAUAGGAUUACAACUUUGAAAGAGUUCGUUUCUAGUCUAUUUCCAGAUGCUACUCUGGAAGAAAGUUUCGCUGACAGAUUAGUUUUCGCUGUUCCCCAGCAUGCAGUUAACUCGCUGGCCGAGUGUUUUAUGCAGUUGGAGAAAGCCAAGCUCGAGUUGGACAUCGAAGAGUACAGCUUCAGUCAAACAACUCUGGAACAAGUUUUCCUGAAAUUUUCUCAUUACGAUGAAUCUAAUUCAGGAGAAUGAUGACUCAUAAAUAUGAGUGUGUUGAUUCUCACGUGUUAUAUAGUGAAAUACUCAUGGAACUGCUCAACUCGUGCAACAAGUGUAAAGAAGUUAUUCAUAUGGAGAGAAGUGAUUUGUUCAUUAGUGUUUCCAGGAUGAUGGUAUUGAAAAUCACAAAGACAGGAUGAUCUCCCCAUUCUAGAAUAUCAAAAAAAAAUACUUUAUGAUAGUUAUAUAAAAUGACUUAGUAUUGUUGUUUGAUGCAAAGGUGGAAGAUAUAUGUCCUUGUUUUGGUCUUGACGAUAUCGUGAGUGAAACAUUGGUAUUUUUACGGUAUACAUCGAUCGACCUAAUGCAAAGAAAUUAGAUAUUUUUAUUUGUGCCGGUGUUAUGUCUGUUUAUGUUUCAUCAGAAUUCCAGUGGCAUCCUGAAGUGACUAUGGUGAGAUAUAAAUGAACAUGUGUGUAAAAUUAAUGAUUUGUAAAUAGUGGAAAAAUAUUGAACGAUUUAUCUGGAUGUCGAGAGAUGCGAUCGGUAAUAAUGCUAUUCAACAGUAAUAUUCGUAAUUUUAAAAAAAUUGUAUUGUAAUUUAGCCUAUUAUUCGAUUCCUAUGAAUAGGUCUCACCAAUUAAUAUUGCUGUGGAAUUGGAACAUUAUUAUCAUCAUUAUAAGUAUAAUAUAAAAUAUUUGACAGGGAAGAGAGUAAAAGAUCCAAGGAUCGGUAUUAAAAUUCUUUUUAAAUGCAGUGAAUUCAAUGAAUUACCUAUCUACAUUGAUACACGUAGGAACGACCUGUACAAGUUCUAUUCAUUUAGUGAUUGCUCGUAAUUAUUCCCGAGCAAUAGCACCGUUUCUUCAGGAAUGGUGCUGCUUAUUAUUGGAAAGAACAGCUAACAUACACCACACGUACACACAAUUGGGCGACUUAAUUUGUGCAUAUACCGUAGCGCGUAGGUACAUAUUUAUAAAUAUUUCGCUUUUGGACUUCACCAAAGCCUUUUUGAAUAACGAGAAAGACAUGAUAGGUUGUUAAUAUUGCCUCGGUAGCACGUAAGAGGAUAAUUUGAUGCAAGACUUUUGUGAGAAAUGCAAUUAUUCAAUGAUAAAAAUAACUCUUGAAUUCAAGUAAGUCCACAGAAAGCUUUUAAUAGUCUAUCAAUGAAACUUUAUUAUGAAAUAUGUGUAUGGAUUUAAUAAUUUAUUAUAAAAGAGAAAAAAGAAUCGCUGUAAAGUUAUUUAAUAUCUUUUUUUCUUACAGUUAUUUUUCUUAUACAAAUGGACUGGAUACUUGUAAUCUCCUUGAUGUUUCACUUUGUUACAAAUAUGAACCAUGAGCAUAUCAAAUUAUUUGAUGAAAAAUUGUUGAAAUUAAAAAUGAAUGUUUUAUUAUUCUAUAAAGAAGUUUCAAGUUUAGCUAAAUGAGAAUAUAUCAAGGAAGAAGUCAAAAUUAAAAUGUUAGAAAAGAAAAUAUACGCUCUCUAGACUUUCCAUUGCAGGAAACUUUUGUUUUUUUAGACAUAAAUAUGAAUACAGUUUGGUCUUUCGAGGUAAAUGUCCCGAAAAAUCAUAUGGAAAAAAUACAGUAGAAAUAUCGUUUGGAGGACUGAAUAAAAUAUUUUGUAGGUGAUAGCGAAUAGGUAGUGAAAAAUUUGAAUCUCAUUAUAAGGGAGGUAUUGAUUUUGUAAAUAAAAUACUCGUUAUAAGGAGGAAUCAUAUUAUAUAUUAUAUAAUACUAGAUAUUAUGUAAUAUAUAAUUGAAAAUAUUAAAUGAUACAUGCGUUAUAACGCGUGUGCGCAUUUAUAGGGAUUGUGUACGCACAAAUCUCGUUUCUAGCUAAUAUCACAUAAUAUAAAAUUUAGUCAAUUAUGAAAUUACACGAAUGGAAGGAAAAAACUGCAGACAAUUUUAUGAUAGUUAUAUGUAUAUGAAUAUAUAAAUACAACUCUAUUUAUAUAUUUAUAUAACGUAUAAUAUAUACGUGUGUACGUAUACCGUUUUUUAACAACACAAUUAUGUUUUAAAUGUAUCACAAGAUAUACAGGAAUGUUAUGAAAUAUUCCUAAACACAAUUGCUACGUUAAGAAAAAGGCAUACUUGCAUUCAUUGCUAAGUGAUUUUAUUCUUUCUUUUUUUGUCUGUAGCUCUACCGACGUAAUAUCUUCUCUGCUCAUGUAUUAAUCGCCAUUUGUGGCUUUUCUUGUUAUAGCUCGUUCAUACUUAUAGAGUUUCCACGUCGGUCAAUAUAUAUGUAUAUAGACGUAUAAAUAUAUAUAUAUGUAUGUAUGCAAUUGAACAUUUUGCAACAAGAAUAAGACUAAUACAUCUUUCCAUAAAUUUUUUCAAUUUUAAUUAGAAUUAUUCCAAUAUCUUGGAAAGGAAUAAAACGAAAUGGUCCCGCUUUAAAACUAAUAGCAUUAAGUUUUUAUAUUGCAAAAUUUUUAAAUCAAUAGAAUUUAAUUGAGGCAUAGUGCAAAUUACUAAAACUAGAAUUGCCUCUUCUAUUGUAAACCCUUUGAUUCUUUUUACUUGGAAUUGAAGCUUUGCUUACUCAAAUCAUUUUUUUAAUACUGCUAUAAAGACAGUUUUUAUAUUUUACAUUUUUUUACAAUAUAGUAAGAGAAAUUUUAAACUUGUAUAUUGAAUGUAAAAUCAAUUGUCAUUCGUAUAUGUAUAUGAUUUUAUAAGGGUAAUAUAUACAUAUAUAUACGCAUCCAGACAUGAUUCAGAUUGGCCAUUGUCGGUCAAUUUUUCGUUGUUUUAUUUUUCUUUUUUGUAAUAUCAACGAUCCCGUACAAACGGGAGAACGAAGCGACGAAAAGAAUUUUUUGCACAUACACAACAUACAUGCACGCACGCACGCACGCAUGCACGCAUGCAUUCAUUAAUGCACCAGAGGCGCGCGACAGUUUGACAUUUACAAAAGAAUCUCGCGCGUAAAAUAGAUACGCACUCAGACACAAGGACAUUAAGAGAGAAAGAGACUCAUAUAUAGAUACGAUUAUGAAAGAUGCGAAUUAUCAUCAGUAAAAUUACACGCCGAAUACACCCUGUCGAUGAACGGUUGACUUUGCGAAACUACAUAUUUGUUGUGUAAAGUGAAUGUAAUCGAUUGGUUAACAAAAGCUUUUUCACCAAUAAAAAAAAUGAUCAGUUAAACAUUAA